AUGUGGGGAUCCUCCUCCUGGGUUGACUUCCUCAGGAAAGCAGGUCUCACAGCAAACCCAAAGAAGUGCAGGUUGGCUUUUGACAAGACCAAUUACCUGGGCUACAUUAUAGGACGGGGCCUGGUGAAGCCUCAGGAAGCGAAGCUGUGGGCCGUACAGGAUUGGCCGCAGCCCCUCACUAAGAAGCAGGUGAGAUCGUUUUUAGGCCUGGCUGGCUACUAUAGACGAUUUGUUGCUGACUUUGCUACUAUAGCGGCCCCCUUGACGGAGUUGACGACCAAAAAACACUUCCGAUUGGUGAAAUGGAACGCAGAGGCCGAGGAAGCCUUCAUCAACCUGAAACGAGCGCUGUGCUCCAGUCCGAUCCUGGUGGUGCCAGACUUCAGCAAGGACUUCAUUGCCCAGAAGAAUGAGUAG